GGCACAGAGAACGGCAGAGAGCGGCACGGCACAGAGGGAGAACGGCACGGCACGGCACGGCACGGCAGAGCGGGACGGAACCGCACCCGAGACACCGCACCCCCUCCGCACCCCGCUGAGCGCCACUUCUGUCCUGUCCCCAGCCGGUCCCGCUCCGCCCUCAGGAGUGCCACGUUAAGAGAAAGACAUGAAGUAUUUAUUUACAUGAAGUAAUUCUGCUUUUGAUCAAGCUGCUAAAAAUGGAUGUGAACAUUUUCUCCUGUGUGUUUUUGAUAAAUGGACAUUGACAUGGACUACGAAAGACCCAACGUUGAAACUAUCAAGUGUGUGGUGGUUGGAGAUAAUGCAGUGGGAAAGACUCGUCUGAUCUGUGCCAGAGCCUGCAACACAACCUUGACUCAGUAUCAGCUGCUGGCAACGCACGUCCCGACCGUCUGGGCCAUUGAUCAGUACCGUGUCUGCCAGGAGGUCCUUGAACGCUCAAGAGAUGUUGUGGAUGAAGUGAGUGUUUCCCUCAGGCUGUGGGAUACUUUUGGGGACCACCACAAAGACAGGCGCUUUGCUUAUGGAAGGUCCGAUGUUGUUGUUCUGUGCUUUUCAAUUGCUAAUCCUAAUUCCCUGAAUCAUGUGAAAACAAUGUGGUAUCAAGAAAUCAAGCACUUCUGUCCUCGCACACCUGUCAUUCUGGUGGGCUGCCAGCUGGAUCUCCGCUACGCAGAUCUCGAGGCUGUUAACAGAGCCAGACGGCCUCUGGCAAGGCCAAUAAAAAGGGGAGACAUUUUGCCACCAGAGAGAGGCAGAGAGGUUGCCAAGGAACUUGGGAUACCCUACUAUGAAACCAGUGUAUUUGACCAGUUUGGAAUUAAAGAUGUGUUUGACAAUGCAAUUAGAGCUGCCCUGAUCUCCAGAAGACACCUGCAGUUCUGGAAAUCUCAUUUGAAGAAGGUCCAAAAACCUUUGCUUCAGGCUCCAUUCCUACCUCCAAAAGCCCCUCCUCCAGUUAUCAAAAUUCCUGAGUGUCCCACACCAAGCAUGAAUGAAGCUGGAUAUUUAUUGGACAGCCCACUGUGUGCAGAUGUUAUGUUUGUUCUUCAGGAGCAGGACUGCAUUUUUGCUCACAAGAUUUACCUAGCUACCUCCUCUUCAAAGUUUUAUGACCUUUUCUUAAUGGAAUGUGAGGAAAGUCCAUACUUGGAUGAAACACAGUGUAAUAAAGAAAAUACAAAUAAGGAUGUUCUGACAAGUCACCUUGAGACAAACAGUGACAGUGAGGAGGCAUCCUUGAAAUCUCCUGAUGUUAAAAUUCCCCCACCAGAAAGUAGUGAGUCUUUAAACAUGCUAGAACCUGAAUCUGGUGAAACAAACUCUGCAGCAAGAUCUCUGUCAUCCUGGGGUAAGGGGUUUGUUAGUGUGCACAAGGAAAUGCAAGUGAAUCCUGUCUCAAAGCGGACGUGUCCUGUAACUGUGGUAAAAAUGGAUUCCUCUGUGCAGGCCGCACCUUUUAAAACUGUUUUGCAGUUUUUAUACACAGGCCAACUGGAUGAAAACGAAAAAGACCUCACCAGACUGGCUCAGAUUGCUGAAAUCUUGGAAGUAUUUGACUUGCGAAUGAUGGUGGAGAAUAUUAUGAAUAAAGAAGCCUUCAUGAAUCAAGAGAUUACUAAAGCAUUUCAUGUCAGGAAAGCUAAUCGGAUAAAAGAGUGCCUUUGCAAAGGGACAUUUUCUGAUGUGACAUUUAAAUUGGACGAUGGAAGCAUCAAGGCCCACAAGCCACUGCUGAUCUGCAGUUGUGAGUGGAUGUCUGCUAUGUUUGGAGGAUCAUUUAUUGAAAGCUCCAACAGUGAGGUAGCUCUGCCCAACAUAAACAAGACCUCCAUGCAAGCAGUUUUAGAUUACUUGUAUACUAAGCAACUAUCCUCCAGUCAGGAACUGGACACCCUUGAGUUAAUUGCAUUGGCAAAUAGGUUUUGCCUUCCUCACCUGAUUGCUCUAGCAGAGCAGCAUGCAGUGCAAGAGCUGACAAAGGCCUCCAUGAGUGGGGUUGCAAUAGAUGGAGAAGUCCUCUCCUAUUUGGAACUGGCACAGUUUCACAAUGCUAACCAGCUGGCAGCUUGGUGCUUGCACUACAUCUGCACCAAUUACAACAGCGUUUGCUCCAAGUUCCGCAAGGAAAUCAAAGCUAAAUCUUCAGAUAAUCAAGAAUAUUUUGAGAGGCAUCGGUGGCCACCUGUGUGGUAUUUAAAGGAAGAAGAUCACUACCAGCGAGUCAAAAAGGAGAGAGAAAAGGAAGAUGUUGCACUGAACAAACAUCAUUCAAAGCGGAAGUGGUGCUUCUGGAAUUCCUCUGCUGUAGUUGCCUGAACAAAGCAAAUAAGUGGAAAUCUAUAGCCAGGAGUUACUCUUAUUGUUAGAAAUAAGAUAAAGUUCAGGUUUUCAGGAAACUGUGUUCCACUUGUGCAUUUAUUACUUCUAGGGUCAAAAGCACAAGCUCACCGAAAAUGAGCCUGGAACAGCUCCUUGAAGUCACAUGUAUAUUUUUGACUGGCAAGGCAGUACAGUCACCCCCCAGCACUGUAGGUCAGGAAAGGCUGUGGCCUGAAAGCCAUAAACACCUCGACAUCUUUGCAUUCUGCACGGACUCACGCCAGGCUGAGGCUUCCACAGCUGGGUGGUUGGAGCCAGCAGCACAGGAGGAGAGGCUGCUCUACAAACCUUCAUGAGGAGAGCAAGUGAGAGAUUCCUACCCCUCUGAGAUCAAUCACCACAUGGUGAUAAAGAAGGGCUAUAAACGAUGGUUGCAAAUAGGUCUCAUUAAUUCUUGGUCAGUGACAAUGUGGACAAGAACAUGGAAUAAGAGAAGGUGUGUCCAGACAGAAAAAUAGCUGUUGUCAUAAAAUGUUAACCUGUCACAUUUUAAGUAAGUAUUGCUACUAGGUUUUACACAACCAAAGCUACUGUAUGAUUGUAAUCUUGCCAAACUGUAAUGGAUAUAUAAAUGAACCUGAGGUAUAUGCAAUAAUAUCCAGUUAUUUUAGUUAUCAGCUACUAUAACCAAGUGGCUGGUUCAUUUGGUUAAUGCUGUCUAUGGCCUUUAAUCUUGGUGGUUAUUUUGUGUUUUUUAUUUUGGAAAAAAAAAAUCAAUAAAUCUGUUUA